AUGCGCCGAUCAAUCCAGGCUGCAUCUAUUGACGAUCUCAAGACCUUCAUCUCAGCAAGAUAUGAGGGGAACCCGUUCCUGGCAUUCUUCUUUGACCUAGCGGGGCUUAUCACCACCGAUACUUCAGAAGCAACCAUCGCUCGCGCGCACCAAAGGAUUGUCAGCGGAGAUUCCAUCCAUUCAGAUCUCUCCACGUCCAGUGAUGAGGACAGCCGCGAAAGUGCAAGUGUUCAGGCGCUCAAAUCCUUCACAAAAGCUGUCAUGUCGUAUAUGGGAAAUGAUACAUACUUGUUUCCUCGAACCUUUAACCGUGUCCAUCGGAUCCCUAACAACAUCGAAUUCAGAUGGAGAAUGGCAGGGACCACAUAUGUCGCUGUGAAUGAUGGAUCUGUGGGAGUAAAUUUCCCAGGUAGCGUUUCGGGAUCAGAUCGAAGCUCAAAGAUGCCGGUAGCAAGUUUCGAGUGUAAAUCGCGACAUGCUGGGGGAAUUAAGCGAAGUUCUGGAGAACCGGAGAAAUUCAACCCAACAGUUUUUGCCCACCAGGUAGGCGAAAUGAUUAAGAGUGUGGGCGCUCAGCGAUCUAGGCCUGUUCUCAUAAAACAUAGCGACCAGGAGGCCUUUGUGGUCUGCAUGCACGGAACACUAUUCUAUAUCAGCGCGGCAUAUUUUUCGCCUGAGUAUAUUGGAUAUAUCGAGACAGCCGAGCCUGCGGAGAUCGCUGUUGGCGACAAUCUUCUAUGGAUUCGAAGAUCCAUUCAUUUUGAUCUGAAACUCCCGGAGGAUAGCGGCCAGGCGUUGAAGUUUUUCUGGGCGCUGGUGAAGUAUAUUGCCAGCGGGGAAGCGCGAUCGAAUAUGGUGGCUGCAGCAAUUGAUGCUGCGAGGGACAUUCCAGUCGAAUGA